AUGAUAAAUGGGGAACUGACAAAGCUUUUUGAAGCUGCUAAAGGACUCAGACAGGGUGAUCCCGUAUCACCAUUUCUGUUUGCAAUUGCAAUGGAAUACCUAAGUAGGCUGCUCAAAGGAUUGAAACAUGUUAAGGAAUACAGGUAUCACCCUAGAUGUGGUAAGCUGGAUAUAACUCACCUCAGCAUUGCAGAUGACCUACUGAUGUUUGCUAGGGGUGAUAGCAAGUCUGUCUCCACUUUACAUGCUUGCUUUAUGCAGUUUUCUGCUGCAUCUAGACUGCUAGCUAAUCCCAAUAACAGUGCAGUUUAUUUUGGAGGAGUUGCUCAGGAUACUAGAUAG